CCCACAGAACCUCCUUCAGAGCUUUUGAGUCCAACUAAAUCCAGUUAAUUCAAAAACCACAUUUCCACUAAACCCCUGAAGCACCAAUCGAUCGAUCGAUAUGGCCACAAUUACCAAUUAUCUUUUCUCUAAUCUGAUCGUCGUGCUGAUGCUUGCCACCAAAGGGUUGUGCAUCUGUGAUCUGAACGGCGUGACGAUCGGGACGACGAGGAGCGGGAAGACUCGAGAAGGCGAGCUGCAGUGGGACGUGGAAGUGAUCAACAACUGCGCGUGUCCCAUCAGCAACCUGGUCGUUUCCUGCAAAGGUUUCGCCAGCAGCCUGAAAGUGAACCCGGCUCUGUUUCGGCAGGAAGGCGGCGACAAAUGCGUCGUCAAUGGCGGCAACGCUAUUGCUCCCAAGGCUUCCAUCAGGUUCUCUUACGCUUGGCACAGCCCCGCCAUUCUCAUUCCGACCAGCCUUUCCAGCACUUGCUGAUGAUGAUUUCAAUUUUCAACGGCAUGAUUAUCGAUCGGUAGAGGGAUGGAUGUGCAAGUUAGUCAAUGGAG